AUGGAGUUCGACGAGGACGCUCCACUCGCCCAAUCAUUCAAGCGAAAGAGAAAACCUAUCCGGAAGAAAAAACACCCCGAGGCCCGGCCCGAAGAACCCCCCGCAGCGGCCCGCGAUCCCGAAUUGCCUUCCACAGUUGAACCUCUACCGGAAAGUGUAGUAUUCGACUACUCCGUCGAGACUCACUUCAAAGCCGUGGAUAAGAUAGCUAACCUCUGUGGAUAUUCUGAAACACUCGACUCUAAUCAACCGGAAAUCGAACGGUUCUCCAAUUCUAUAACGUUCCUGAGAGAGUGGAGAGAUUUUAAAUAUGCUCCACGAACUGUGAGGUUUGCUAAUCAGCACAAUUCAGAGGAGAAAGAAGUAACUGGUGAAGUUACCUUGCAUCAAUUUUGUGCCACAUCUGUUCCCAAGAAUGAACCUGGAAAGAGGAGCGAAGCCGACUUUGUAAUGAAUGUUGGGGGUUUAGUCUGGGCACUAGACUGGUGUCCUAGAGUUGAUUCUAAUUUCGAGAAUCGGAUCACGUCUGAGUUUGUUGCUGUUGCUGCUCAUCCGCCUGAAUCUUCUUCAUAUCACAAGAUUGGUGCUCCUCUUGCAGGCAGAGGUGCCAUCCAGAUAUGGUGUUUGUUAACUCCCCCUGUAAGAGACGAUUUAACUAAUCAAGGGAAGAAGUCGAGACGAAAACCCCAGAAAAAGUUGAUAGUUGUUAAAUCUGAUGAUCCAAUUGAACCACCGAAACCAAGAGGACGACCAAGAAAGACACCUCUUGAUGGUUCUGUACAACUGAGGUUAAGAGGGAGACCUAGAAAGAACCCUCUUGACGACGACUCUGUACCAUCGAGGCCAAGAGGGAGACCUAAAAAGAAUGUUCUUGAUGUGUCUAUGGGGAAAAUUAAUAUGGAUGAACAAUGCGUUCAACCUCUUGCUAUUGAAUACCCCACGAGCUCAGCUGGGUCACGUUUGCCAGAUAAGGCAAUAAAAAAGGACGAGGUUCGUAAUAAUGGUCUGAUUAUUCCCAGCCAAUGUGAACAUGAAGAAACUGCAAGCUUCAGUCUGGAUUCCCCAACUUGUACAAGUGCUUGUGAUGCCAAUACUUCUACCAGCAUCAUUCCCUUUGAUGUGGCAUUACCUAGAAUGAUGUUAUGUUUAGCCCACAAUGGGAAGGUUGCAUGGGCUGUAAAGUGGCGGCCAGUCAGUGCUCAUCACCUUGAAUCCAUGCAUGUAAUGGGUUAUCUAGCUGUGUUGCUUGGAAACGGUGCACUAGAAGUGUGGGAAGUCCCUCUUCCACAUACUGUGAAACGUGUAUAUCCUGCUUGCGAGGAGCAUAUUGAUCCACGCUUCAUCAAGUUGAAGCCGGUAUUUAGAUGUUCAAAGCUGAAGUCUGGUGAUAGGCAAAGUAUUCCUCUAACAAUGGAGUGGUCUGUGUCACCUCCCAACGAUAUGAUUUUGGCUGGAUGUCACGAUGGAGUGGUUGCUUUGUGGAAAUUUUCAGUUACUGAUUCAGCGACAGAGACCAGACCUAUGCUUUGCUUCAGUGCAGAAUCAUGUCCAAUCAGAACCCUGGCAUGGGCACCGAUUCAGAGUGAUCUAGAGACUGCAUAUGUAUUUGCUGCUGCUGGUAAUAAAGGUCUCAAGUUUUGGGACAUACGUGAUCCAUUUCGUCCACUGCGGGACUCUUCUACUCAGGGGGGCGCUUUUGAUGUGGAUUGGUUGCCUCAUCUGAGAUGUGUUUGUGGAGUCAAUGAUGAUGGGACAUUCUGGUUUCUCAACUUUGAGAAAGCCGCACAGGAUAUUCCGGUUACUGGAAAAUGCUUGACGGCAUCAAGGUCGGUUUUGAGCAGUUAUGACUGUUCCUCAUUCUCAAUAUGGAGCCUCCAAGUUUCUCGCCUGACAGGUGCAGUUGCCUAUUGUGGUGAAGAAGGAUCAGCCUUUUGCUUCCAGCCGACGAGUAAAUCAGUGAAGGAUACACGAAACCGCGUGCAUCAUUAUCUUUGUGGGUCGUUAUUCGAAGAGGGAACUGCCCUUAUUGUAGCAACUCCAUCGACUAAUAGCUCGGUUUUGAAAAGAAUCCCAGGCACGAAACGUCCUGGGGGAGGAGCAGCAAAAGAUCAUGAGAACAGAGUGAAGGAUCAAAUGGUUAUUUCUGGAAACAAUUCUGUUGAAGAGCAAGGAUCUGAACAAAACUCAGAUAAAAGUAAACCCGAUUUUGAAAUAUUCCCUCCGAAAAUUGUGGCGAUGCAUAGGGUGAGGUGGAACAUGAACAAAGGCAGUGAAAAGUGGUUGUGCUAUGGAGGAGCUGCCGGUGUCCUACGCUGUCAUCAGGUCGAUUUAUCCCUUCUCCAGUAA